GAUGAGCAGAGUAGAAUAGAGUAGUUUAAGCAUUAAUCAAUAUAAAUACUGCACAAAAACUGAAGAAGAAUAUUCAACGACAAUCAACGAUAAACUGCUUCUGCUCGGAAGCUGUCUUCGAUCUAAUAAACCAAAACACCAAAAGGGCUCCAAGAAACAUACUAUCUCGUACCCUGUUUUUAGGGUUUAGAAUCUUGUGUUGUUUCGACCUUGAUUGCUGUGUGUUUUGUAUCUUGAUCCAAUAAAGCACUUGUCCCUCCACAAACCCCCCAUCCAUCAAUUCUACCUUUUUCUUCUUCUUCUUCUCUUCUAUAAAUAUAUACUCACUCAUUUAGAUUCCUGGAUUCUGAAUAUUCAAUUUUUAUUCGUUACCUGGGUUUUUCAUCGAUUUAACAAAAAAAAAUUUGUUAAACCCCCACUAUUUGAAAUGUUAGAAUUCAAAACAAUCAAGAAAAAAAUGCGGAUUUUUAGUUGUUAAAAUUUCAAACUUGAUGUUUUCUAUUUUAAUUUUAACGGGAAAUAUGAAAAGAAGUAGAACAAUAUGGUAUACAUUCUGGUCAUCUCCUACCCAUCGUCCACCUGGUUUCUUUGGUUUUGGUUCCUAGUGUGAUUUUCUUAAGCUUUUAGUUGUUAUUGUUGUUGUUGUUUUUGAUUAGCAUAUGGAUACGUUUAAUCUAAAUUCUGGAGUUGUUUAUGGAAACAAUCCUUCACUUAAUGGUUUCUCACAAAAUUAUGGGUUUCAAUCAAAUGGGAAAGGUGGUUGUUCUUCUUCAUCAUCCAAUUCCUUGGUUUUAGAUAGUGAAAGAGGAGAACUUGUCAAAGCUCCAAGUAAACUGGGGCAAAAAGGAGUAACUGAAGGGAAGUCUUUGGCAGCUUUGAAGAAUCAUAGUGAAGCUGAGAGAAGACGUAGGGAGAGAAUUAAUUCUCAUCUCGAUACUCUUCGGACUUUGGUUCCCUCUACAGACAAGAUGGACAAAGCUUCAGUGCUCGCUGAAGUGAUCAAUCACGUAAAAGAUCUUAAAAGAACUGCACUUGAAGCCAGCAAAGGGUUAGUCAUCCCAAUGGAUACAGAUGAAGUAAAAGUUGAAACUUAUGAUGAUGGCAUGCUAGGCAGACCUUUUUCUAUUAAGGCGACCCUGUGCUGUGAUGAUCGACCUGAAAUUCUCCCCAACUUAAGAGAGGCACUCGAGGCAUGCAAGUUGGAAACAGUGAAGGUGGAAAUUUCAACAUUAGGAGGAAGAAUGAAGAAUGUAUUUGUCAUGGCAAGCUCCAGACCGGACGAUUCUGCCGAGGUACGACACCUACUUAUGUCUUCUGUUCAUAAAGCUCUAAGAUCUGUUCUAGAUAAAAUUCCUACCACAUCUGAGUUUACUCCAAGAAAAAUGCUCCCACAUAAGAAACAAAGGAUGUCGCCCUUUCACUCUUCAACCUCCUCUUCAUGAUAGCAGAAUCCUGGUAUACAUUAUAAGUAAUGAUGCGAAUGGUUGUCCGACAUAAGAAAUAUCUUUGAUUUAGGUGUUUAUGCUAUUUGUAUUUGUGUGAUUGUUAUAGUUGUGGGAGUAAACAAAAACUUAAUGCUUCCUUGUGAAUAUAAAGGUAUGGUGUAAUUGCUUUUGGGUGAUAAAUGGAAUAUGUUGUGCUUUUAGUCUC